AUGGCGGGAAGAAAGAAAGAGCCGUUGGUGGCUGCGAGUGAAGGAUUUCUGGGCAUGUCUUCAUUUAUCAGUGGCUAUUUCGGCGGAGGAACUCACAAAUAUGAUGCGAAGGAUUUAACUUCGCAGGCGGUACAUCCAGAUCAGCAAUUGGAUUGUGCAUUGGAUUUGAUGCGCCGACUGCCUCCUCAAAAAAUCGUCAAGAAUUUGAGCGAUCUGAUUGACAUUGUGCCGGAUCUUUGUGAGGAGCUUUUGUCUUCCGUUGAUCAGCCUCUGAAAAUUGCGAGGGAUGAAGUUGUUGGAAAGGAGUAUCUGUUGUGUGAUUACAAUCGUGAUGGAGACUCGUAUCGUUCCCCAUGGAGCAACCAUUACUAUCCCGAAAUGGAAGAAGGUGCUAUGCCGUCUGAAAGGUUGAGAAAACUGGAGAUCGAAGCCAACAAUGCAUUUGAACAGUACAAGGAAUUGUACUAUGAAGGCGGCGUAUCUUCGGUUUAUUUAUGGGACUUAGAUCAUGGUUUCGCAUGUGUUGUGCUCAUCAAAAAAUCCGGGGACGGAAGUAAGAAGAUUCGAGGAUGUUGGGAUUCGAUCCACGUUGUAGAAAUUCAGGAGAAAGGAUCGGGUCGUAACGCUCACUAUAAGCUUACAUCGACCGUCAUGUUGUGGCUGCAGACCAACAAGUCUGACUCUGGUGUCAUUAAUCUGGGCGGAUCUCUGACGAGACAGGUCGAGAUGGAUUGCACUUUGAGCGAAUCUUCUCCGCACAUCGCUAACAUCGGAAGACUCGUGGAAGACAUGGAGAACAAAAUUAGGUCCACUUUGAACGAUAUUUAUUUCUCGAAAACCCAAGACAUAGUUCAGGGCCUACGGAGUGUGGAAAGCCUUUCGGAAAAGAAGAAGCAAGAGGCCUUGAAAACUGAUCUAGCUCACGCCAUUCAGAAGCGCCAAAGCAAAAGCGAGAAUUAAGUUAUUCGAAAAGAGUUCUCUGUGAAAUGACGAGGCGGCGGUAACAAGUUAUUCAUUACCAUUUCGUGAUUAUCGAUCGCCCCAGUGAUCGCAUCCUGUUCAACUCUUCGUCCGAUCCGAAGAAAUUUUUUUUUAGACUUCUGCCUUCGUUCACGUGUGGAUGAGCCCAUUCGCUCUACGUUAUACGAAUUCGCGUGAUUAGUAAGCAGAAAGCCGUGUCGACGGCUUCCGGACAUUCCGCGCGGCUUGAUUUUUAUUUUUCCGAUUGCCUUAUUUACACUGAUGGCUCUGCAGAAAGUUCGCGGUUUUCUUGCUUGUCGAAUCACAUUUGAAUUUGUCUCCUUUUGGCCACAACGUGAUGAUCCCCGAGAUAUUCCGUGUUUCGUGCGACUUUUGACUGCGUGGACGAGUGUGGAUGGAUGAUGUUCUGUUUCUCUUUAUUUGGUGGUGUAAAAGUAAAGCACCCGUAUUUUUGCCAA